AUGCUAAAAUCUUUAUUUUUAUUGGUUGUUUUGGGUUGUAGUCUGGGCAAACAUACGGAUCAUAUAUUAGCGGAACUUGAAGAAGUGAAUUAUAAAAUCGUGAUAAAAGUGAUAGAUUUUUCAGCUUAUGCUUUAUCAGGUGUGAUUAUUAAUGUGAAGUAUUUAGUUAAGUAAAAUUUAGGAACGGCAAUUCAAAUAUAGGAGAGAAGAAUCUAAUGACAGACAGCAGCGGUACGGUCACUUUAAUUGGAAAAUUUGCAAAAUAACAUUCAUACUAAAUAAUUGCUGUUGCAUCGACAACUUUCAACAAUAUUUAAGCAUCUGCUUAAAUUAAUGGAGUAACUGAUCAAACUGGAUUGAUAGUUUUUAAUGGAAAAGUCUAAUUUACUCAAUCUGAUGUUUAUGUCAAAGAUGAAUUUCAGCGUGGCUUGAUUUUUGUAAUUAUCAAUUCUAACUAAAGAUAAAAACGCUAUCGAAUUCGAAACCAUUACCUGGAGUAUUCAUUCAAUUUACUGCUAUUUAUCUAGAUGAUGCUAAGCUGACAAAAGAAGUCAACUUUAUAGCUACAACCAAUGAAAAAGGGGAAGAGAACGUUCGCUUUUUAUUACCUACCACUGGAGGUUCAUUCACUAUUUUAUACACAGCAUCUAAAUUAGAGUAUUGGAACACUUAACAAUUAGAUAGAAAUUCUUAAAAUUUCGUUUUAUGGCCGUAUUAGAAUUCUUUAUUAUAUUAGAGAAUAGAAAUAUGAAUUAUCAGUUAAUAUUGAUCUCUAACCUGGAUAAUUCCAAUAUCUCUUGACUGCCCUCAUUUAAGAUUAAAAUUAAAAACCAUUAUAAGGAGCUAAAAUUUAAGUUACAGGAACUAAUUUAGGAUCAAAUCAAUAAUUAAUUGAAAAUAACUUAAUUAGUGGACCUGAUGGAAAAAUAGCAAUUACUUAUAAUCUGAAAGCCACCCCUAAAUUACAUUUAAAAGAAGUGGCCACCAAAGAUUAAUAUCUAAGUUAAAAUUCAGAAUUCGAUUAGGAUUUUAAUUUAAACAUUAAAAAAGAUCAAUUUACAAGAGAUUUAAUAAUUAAAUUAUAAGAAGCUUCAGAUUUAUAAGUAUAAUCGACCUUAAAUUAUUUUUUUAGAUCUCCGGAAUUAUUACAGACUCCUCAAAAAUAGUAUCAUUUGUUCAAGGAGCUGAAAUUGUAUUGACAAUUACUAAUGUAAUUGAACCAAUUAAAGUUAUAACUGAUGCUGAAGGAAAAUUCAAUGUCCAUGUAUUAGUGCCAUCAACUUAAAAUUUGGAUAUUAAGGCAACAGUAAAGGCCAAAGAAUUCAUUGACCAAGUGAUUACUCCAAAAUAAAUCAAUAUACCUUCUAAAUAACCCUAUUAACUGAAGCUGGAUGUUGUUCUUGACAGAAAGGUUAAUGAAAUAACAAUCAAGGAUUAACUAGUUGAUCCUAGUGGAAAACCUGUUUAGAAUGCUAGCAUUAAAAUUAUUGAAAGUAUCCCUGCUAUGAAUGAUAAAUCACUUUAUAAUAAGGAGAUCAUCGGAAAUUCGGAGUAAUUAAUAUUGAAUAUUAAAUAGUGGUACAUUUGAAUAUAAAUUUGCAUGUUAUGAGAAUUAGAAGUUCAUUGCUACAUUUAUUUUUAAAGUUCAGGAAUUUGUACCUAUCACCUACAAAACGCCCUAAUUGGAAUGCAAAAAUUAAGACUUAAUUAAAACUUAAAUCACUUUAUCAAAAUCAACUUCCCUUCUCACUAUCAAGGGUUAAGUGUUAGAUGUUGAUUAAAAACCUAUGAAAGGAUUAUAACUAUCAUUUAAAUCUGAUCCCAGUCUAACAAUUGCUAAUCCUAACCUGAUUACUGAUGCAAAUGGUUAUUGGUAGAUUGAUAAUCUUACAGUAAUUCCUUAGAACAAUUAUAAAUUUACAAUUGAAUACAUAAAUGAUAAUAAAAAAUUGACUUAGGUAUCAUCUAAUUAUAUUCCAUCAAUGGAUAAACAAUAAACUUAUACUUUUCCAGUAAUUGGAUACCAAAGAUUCGUUAAAGUAAAAUUAACUGGUAAGAUAACACCUUCUGAUGGGAAAGCAGCAGUGCCAAUACCAUUACUGAUUACUUGUGAUUCUAAAGGGAGAGAUGGAAAUCCAAUAUCUGUGGAUACAACUACUAAAGAAGAUGGAUCAUAUUCUGUUGAAUUAGAAACUUUGGCUGGAUCAGAUAAACCAUUAUAAUGUGUAGUAUAAAAUGCUCCAGUUAAAUUGUCUGGUCAACCAGGCUAAAGUGGUUCAUAAGGAUAGACUGGAUAAACAGGGUAAUCAGGGUAAUCUGGAUAAUCUGGAUCAACUAAUACUGUUUCUAGUGUUUAACCUAUAAAAAUUAAUGUUGAAGUAAAAGCACCAAGCUGGUCAUCAAGUACUAAUAUACCUGUUACUUAUAAUACUGUAGAUAUUACAAUAAAAGGGAUAGUGAGUGAUAAAACAAAAGCAAUGACUGCAUUAGAGAACACGGAUGUAAUCUUAAUAAUUACACCCUAAGAUGUAUAUGUUUAAAGUAAACAUUUAUUGGAAUAGUAUUUAUUUUAUAAAAGACAUAAUCAAAAUGCAUAAACUCAAUCAAAAUUAAGCACUAAAACUGGAAAAGAUGGUUCAUACUCAUUUAGUUUUAAAGCAGUUCAAGCAUUUACUUUAAAAUUUUUAAUUUAGGCUUCCAAUCCUUUAUUUUAAACAGAGAAUAAGCUAAUUGAAGAGAAAUGUCUUUAAUCUAUUACUUUGACUGAAAACUUAGAAUUAGAUAGAAUAACUAUGGUAACAAAAUUACAUUCUACAUUAUCCAAUAGUGAUAAGAAGCCAAUACCUAAUGCUAUCAUUAAAUUGACUUCAUCAGAACCCUUGAUGAAGGAUUCAAAAUAUUAUAAUAUAGCAACAAAUGAUGAUGAUAAGGGAUCCUUUUUUAUAAAUUUUGAAUGUUACAAAGAUAUAGAAUACAUUGUUUCUUUUUAAAUAGAUAUACCUUAAUAUGAAGAAUAAAAAGUGAAGAGUUCUAAAUUUAAAUGUGACUAACCUUAAAUAGAAUUAAACCCUAUAACAUUGACCUUGUAGAAAAUAGAAAUCAAAGCCAUUUUGGCAGGAAAGGUUAUAGAUCCUCAUGGAAAACCAGUUGCUAAUUUACCACUUACCAUCACAACAGAACCAGUAAGUGAAACAUUAACAACAAAAACUUAAAGUGAUGGUACCUGGACAGCAACAGUUCAUAAGCUAUUUCCAAUUACAGAAUACAAAGCCAAUAUCUCAUAUUAAGAUAUUAAUAAAUAAAAUUAGAAAAUAGAAUAGAAAUUCUAAGUUUAAAGUGAUAAUCAAAAGGUGUCAGUAUAAGAUAUUAAUUAUAUUGAUUUGGUAGAUGCUAAGAUCAAAGGGAAAAUCGAUUUGGAGAAAGGUUCAUUAUCAUAACCAGUGACUCUUAAUUUGAAUUGUUAGGGAUUUUAGGAUUCAAAAGGCCCAAUUAAUAAGGAUUUUACAACAGAUAAAAAUGGAAAUGUGGAUAUAACAUUUUAAGUAUUAGCAAAGCAUGAUGAUAAAAUUAUUUGUCUAAUUAAACCUAAAGAUGUGAUAUAAGAUAAUGGAUAUAAAGUUGAAUUGAUUCCUCCUAACUUCGAAGUUAAUGGAUUCACUAUAAAGAGUAAAUUCUUAGCAACAUUAUUUACGAUAAAUGGUAAAUUGAUUGAUGAAACUAAGAUUGAAGAGAAAUUAAUUGGAAUACAAAUGAGUUUUAACUUAAAAUAAUAAGAUCCACUCACUAAUUAAUAAAUAAAAAUCAAGAGUUCUAAUGAUGGAACAUUUAUAUUUUCAUUUGAGCUUCUAAGAGGUAUUAAUUAUGAUGGAACCAUAACUGCUGAUGGGCAACCACAAUUUCAGAUUGCAAAUAAUAAUAUACAGUUAAUUGGCAAAGAAGAAAAACAAUCCAUGACUCUAGAUAUUACUUUAAAGAGAGUGAUAGUUGAUUGUACAAUAAGUGGAUCCUUGAUUGAUUCCAAAAAUAAAGCAGUUGAAAAUGCAAAAGUCGAAAUCUUAAGUUCAAUCCCACAAAUGUAGAACGCUUAAUUUUAUAAUAAAUUUUCAUAAGCCAAUAAAGGGGAGUUUUCUAUUCCAUUUUAGUGUUAUAAUCAAGUAUUUACCACUUUAAAAUUGGAUAUGGUUUCAGAUGCCUUUCCGAAAUCACCUUUGGCUCCUCAAGUCUUUACUUGUGGCGAAAAAGAUGUCAAACUUAAACCUAUAUAGAUAAUCACCAAAACAGCACAAAUAACCUUCUCUGGAGUAUUAACGGAUAAAAGUGGAAUUACUAUGAAUGUUUAAGGUGCAGAUAUUGAAGUAGUCUUAAAUCCAUCAGAUCCAUUAGCUUCUAAUCUUAAAACUAAGUCUGACCAGAAUGGAAAAUAUUCCUUAACGUUUAACGCUGUCUUCGAUUAAUCCUAUCAGGCUGUCAUUUAAAUCACUCAUUCAGAUUUCACUCCCUUUAAAUCGCCUAGCAUUGCAAUAUCAACAAAUAAAGAUUAAACUGUAACUCAAGAUGCUGCUUUAGAUAGAAUUAUCUUAAAGGCCACUGUAUCAUCUACUUUGACUGAUCCCUAAGGAAAGCCAUCUCCUGUAUCCACAUUAACAGUAGAAUCCUUAUAACCCGUUGUUAAAGGAACAGAGAAAAAUAAAAUAACUGGAAAAACUGAUGCAAAUGGGAAAUUUAAUCUAGAUAUACCUUGUUACAAAAACACUGAGGGAUCCUUUAUUUUAGAUGUUUCAGCCGACAAAUAUAUAGAUACUAAAACAGAUAAAAUCUCAUUUUAAUGUAAUGGACCUUAAAUCUAAGUACCUCCGAUUAAGGUAAAGUAAGAAUUGACUCCGGUUAAUACUAAAUUAACUGUUGGAGGAGAAAUCAUUGAUCCAAAAGGAAAAGGAAAGCCAGGAAUAUCAAUUAAGUUGAUUUCAGAUCCAGUUACCAAAGAAUAUGAAGCUAAGACUGGAUCUGAUGGUAAGUGGUAAUUACUAGAUGAUCAACUCUAAUUUGGAGUCAAAUAUCAAUUAACUGAAUAGUUUUCAGAUGUAACUGGAUAAAUACAUAAGAUUACAUUGCCAUUUUAAACUAAUGAUGAAAAAUCUUAAUUGAUCUUUCCAAAAUAAUUUUAUGAUGAUUAUCUACCAUUUCAAGUAGAUGGUGAACUUACUUCUGAAGGAGGAAUAGCCCCUUCUAAUAUACCAGUGUCUAUGCAAUGUGAUGGUUUUGGAUAAGACAAUAGACCAAUAGAUAUCAGAACUAAUACUGACAAUGCUGGUAAGUAUUAAAUAAAGUGGGAUAUGUUGAUGAAUUCGAACUCGAAAGUCUAAUGUUUAGUGAUUACUCAAGAAACAGCAAAAUUUAAAUAAACAUCUCAUAAGUUCUAUAUUACUCCAGACAGUGGAACUGUAAAGAUAUCAACUUAGGCUGAAGUAACUCCGGGAUUCAAAGGGUAACUCAAUAAAUAUUAUCAAUACUCUUCGAUAAGUGGUGUAGUGAUGGCAGAAUUUGAUUGUGAUGGUGGAUUAGUAUGGAGGGGAUUGGAAGGAGUAAAUAUUAAACUUAAAUAAUGGAAUGGAAUUGCUUACAAUGAUUUAAAAACUGAAACGAAGAGUGACAAAAAUGGUCUCUUUGUUAUCAAGUAUUAAGUUUUAAAAAGGUAUUAUCCAUUAUAAAUAUAGUUAAAUAUAAAAUGAAAUGAGUUUGGAAUUCAAUAAAGACAAUUAUUACCCUGCCUCUGCAGACUUUAAUAUCUAUUCUUUUGAUCCUUAGCCUGAUGGUACCUAUCAGGUCUUAUUGUCUAACAUUAAGAUGGUUAAAAUUGGAGUCGCAGAUCAAUGUCCAUAAAAAAAGCGAAACCAUUGA